GAGGAUAAAUUUCUACGACCCGUAGAGAUCAAGAUGGCGAACUUUUUAAAAAGUUUUGUAUACCCAGGUAUACAUCAUUGUAAAGGUCUUCAUCUAGCGACCGUUUCGUUUCAGACGGCUUGCUUUUUUUUUCAGUUUUUAACUUUCGUUUGCUGUGUUCAAAUUUUCAACUUUAAAACAAUAUUUUGACGUUGACAGGGAGCAAGUUGUCUGCUCUGGCCUCCAUGGUGAAACCGUCACAACGAUCCAUCGUCUGCACGGAAUCAGGCAGUGUUUUGGAAAAGCCGACUAGGGUUAAAUUUGGAGUGUUAAAAGUGCUCUUGGUGGUCCUUCCAUCCAUUUAUGUUGGGGGCAUUAUGAGCAGAACUGGAGCUCACCUUCUUGAAGAACAUGAUAUUUUUGUACCGGAAAAUGAUGAUGACGACGACUAAAGAAGAGAGAAAGGAAUUUGUACAAAUUUAUCAUAAACUGCAACAACGAAAUUUUUAAUAAAAAAUAAAAAUAAACUUGGUAAAAAAUUAUUUUUCGAAGAAUGAUUUAAUAUGGUUUAAAUUUAAAAUCAUUAUUAUAUUAUAUAUGAAAUGAAGUGCUGUGUGGCCUGCAACAGUUAUUUAGUUAAGAAUGGUAGUUGUUUGUUGUGGUACAGUAGAUUCUAACUAAUUUGCCAGUUUGAGUAGUGUCAGUUUUAUAAUUGUUUCAAUUUAUGUUCACUAAACUAUUAAGAAAAUCUUUUUGUGCUUUUAAUUUUAGUUAGAUAACAGCUGAAAUAAUUAUUUUGUAAUUGUGUGAAUAUUUGUUAACUCCAAGAUAUAAUAUCCAACUAUGAAAUAACUGUAUUGUGCUCUCUUGUGCCAUAAGCCAAUCUUAAACACUAUCUAAAAUUAUUUCAAUUUCAUCAUUUCUCACUCCAGUUAUUGUUUUUCUUCUCAUUAGUUAUUAAGUUGUUAUUCACUUUUCAUAAUUGGUUAAUUAACUAAUUAAUUAUUUAAUUGAUUGUUUGUUAGCUUUCAGGGUGGUCUAGCAAUAUUCUUAUCAUUUUUAAGAUUUUAGUUAGAUCCUCUCAGGUUUGAAUGUAGCUGCGGUUGUCGUUAUAUCAAUAUAUAUAUAUGUGUGUGUGUGCAUACAUACACAAUUGUUAGGAAAUCCUUUUUUUGUACUUUAAAUUUUCGUGAAACAGCAUUGACAAUAAUGAUUUUUUUCUAAUUGUGUGAAUAUUACUUAAAACUUAAAAAUGGAACAAAAAUUUGACGCUUAUCUUUAUUAUCUGUUACAUAAUAUAACAAUAAAAUUGUUCAUCAGCAAUGUCAAUGUUACUAUAGCUCCUCACUUUUCAAUAAAUCAUAAAUGAGUAAUGCUAAGCCAUUUCAGAAAAUAUCAUCAACAGUAAUAGAAACACAUAGCAACUACAGCAUUAAUUACAUGAUACUAUCAAUAAUAUUUUAAUGUAAUAGAUUAUAUCCUAAUCCUUUAUGAUACUAACUAUAAUAUUUUAAUAUAAUAGAUUAUAUUCUAAUCUUAUUUAUUUAAAAAAUUGAAUUUGUGAAUGUAAUAAUUAGGAGGCAAAGAAAAAUUGAUUGAUGUGAAGCAUUCUAUUAAAACAUUUUUAGCAAUGUCCAUAUUUAUUAUUAUAAAUUAUAUAUUAUUUAUUUAUAAAUUUGUUAUUAAUAAUUAUUAUUAUAAUAAAUUAAUUUGUUUAUUUAUAAAUUUUCAUUUAUUGGCCUGGUCCA